CUGUGUUCUCGUCUCCGUCGCUUGGGCCCGGGGAAGGACGGGCCGCUUGUAGGAAUCGCCAGGGAGUUGUUUUUCGGCCGAGGGAGGAGGUACUAAGACGCCGGACGCGCGGCGCGCCCAGCAUGCCCAAAAACGCCAGUUUGCUAGAUUCGUCCGGUUGGGCGGAGCAAUAGGCUGCGGCAGGGGUGUUCCCACGGCUCCUAGACACCCCAGAAGGCAGCUGAAAGCUGAUGACGACGGCCACGCGCAGCUGUAGAGGACGUCUAUCUACAACCCCGGCUAACCUGGGCCCGUCACCACCCCCGUGCGGCUUGCUGGUUGCAAUCUUUGCCGACGGACGCAGCGUGUUGGCGAGCGUCGCGUCGCGGGACGCCAGCUUCGGAGUCUCGGAUCCAGCCUCGCUCAUAGCCCCAAAACAGCGCCGCGGCACGCCCGUGGCGCCCCCAAACGGGACCCAGACAUGCCGCGACCCGGCAGACGACGACGGCAUACUCCCACAACAGCCCUCCUGCUCCUAGCAACAAAAACCGCCGCGUCGACGCUCUCGCUCCGGCCCAAAACAACAAUCAAGCCGCAGAUUAAUAUUGUGGACUACCCGCCGGCGCCGCCGGACCCGACGGACUUUAGUUUUGAUUAUGACGCCGCCGAGGCCGCGGCGAACGCGCCCCGUUUAUUAACCAAGGACGAGGAGGUCGCGCUCGCGCGGUCGGUCCAAAGAUUACGCCGGUUGGAAGACGUGCGCAGCGCGCUGGCGCACGGCACGGGGCGCACGGAGGAGCAGGUGCCGGACUUCGAGUGGGCCCAGACGCUGGGCGUGGACUUUGAGUACCUCAGCGCCGAGAAGCAGCGCGGCGCCGCGGCGCGCGCGACGCUAACCCAGGCGAACCUGAGAUUGGUAGUGAGCAUCGCGAAGCGCUACCGGUUCUGCGGGUUAGAUAGGGAGGACCUGCUCCAGGAGGGCGCCUUCGGCCUGUCGCGCGCCGUCGAGCGCUUCGACCCGGAGCGCGGCUUUCGCUUCUCGACCUACGCGACGUUCUGGAUCCGCCAGGCGGCGCUAAGAGCGCUGGCCGAGCAGAGCCGGGUCAUCCGCUUGCCCGCUCAUGUCCACGACCAGCUCGCUUCUCUGAGAAAGGCGUCGCGCGCGCUCCAGUCCGAACUGGGCCGGGACGCGUCGACGGACGAGCUCGCGGACCACCUCUCGGCGUCGGCGGAAAAGGUCGAUUUCUUGCGGCGCUGCGAGCAGCAGGACCCGCAGUCCCUCGAGGCGGCGCGCCAGGUGAAUAGAGGUAAGGGUUCCAUGGCGAGCAACCAAAACGGUAACGCGCCGAACUUCGCCGAGCUCCUCGCCGACCAGACGCCGGCGCCGGAGCAGGUCGUGGAACAGGCGCACCGCUACGAGCGCGUGACGAAGCUUUUCGACAGCGCGCUGACGGCGCGCGAGCGCGACGUCCUCGGCAUGACGUUCGGGCUCGGCGGCCGCGCGCCGCUGUCGAAAACGAAGAUCGCGGAGCUGCUCCGCGUCUCGCGCGAGCGCGUCCGCCAGAUCGAGGUCCGCGCGCUCGGAAAGCUCCGCUCGCACGUCCGCGAGCCGCGUGCCGCCUAACAAUUCUAGUAGUU